UCCUACGUGUUUCGUUGAUUCUACAUACAACCUCUCGUGCGCUCGUAAGGUAGCUAAUGUCAAUUUUGAAUAAUAAAACGGCUACUCAGAUUAUUAACAGCCGUUAUUCAUUAGUCUUCUGCUGCUGUUAGAAUGCCGCCAUUUGUCGAGUGGGGAAACGGUUUGAAAACACCACGCUAGGUUAGGUAAUUUACUCUUAAUUGCAUCAAUAGCUGGCUGAGAAUGUAACGAUAAUUAUGUCUGAUAAUGUUCAAAGGGGACGGUGUGUCAUUCGUAGUCAGCCUCGCCAGUAUUGAUAGCCAGCAUUGAAAACUGACAUCUAGUGCUUCAUUUGUAAAUCUUAUUUUAUCUGAGAUAAAUGUAGCUGCAUUUGUCUCAGGUAAUAGGCUUUCACAUCUCCAUAUACUCCAUUAACCAACUCUGUUAGCUUCAACUAAUACUCACCUGGCUUGGGGGGGUCUAGCAGUUAAAUCCAAGGUUGUAGUUUCCAAUGGCAAAGGAAGAAUGUAUUACUCAGAAGAACACAACAGAGGACACCUCAACACUAAGAAUCAGAAAACCUCUUUCCACCUCCGAAAACCAAUCCAGUACUUUGUCAAAGGACAAAACCAGUCAAACUGCUGGACACUGGUCAGAAGAUGACACUCAGUCCUCAAAUGGGACAUCGGCUAAGUUAGUGGCCAGAGGAAAUGUCAGUGAGGCGUCGAGCAGGGGGCUGCUGAUGUUGGUGUUGGGGCUGUCUUUCUCUACACGCCUCUACAAGAUAACAGAGCCCCCUCAUGUGUGUUGGGAUGAGACGCACUUUGGAAAGAUGGGGAGCUACUACAUCAACAGGACCUUCUUCUUUGACGUCCAUCCUCCUCUUGGAAAAAUGCUGAUUGGCCUUGCAGGGUACAUGACUGGUUAUGAUGGUACCUUUCCCUUCAUAAAGCCAGGAGAUAAAUUUGAACACCACAACUACUGGGGGAUGAGAGGAUUUUGUGCCGUGUUGGGCUCCUUUCUCCCCAUCUUUGCCUACCUCAUAGUGCUGGAGUUGUCUCGGUCUUACACUGCUGCUUUAAUUGCUGCAACACUGCUCAUAUUUGACACAGGCUGUAUCACCAUUUCCCAGUACAUCCUGUUGGACCCUAUACUCAUGUUCUUCAUUAUGGCCGCAGUGCUGAGCAUGGUCAAGUUUAAUCAACAGAGAUACAGGUCUUUCUCUGCCUCCUGGUGGCUCUGGCUUAUACUGACUGGUGUCAGUCUUGCUGGUGCAGUGGGUGUGAAGUUUGUUGGUCUGUUUGUCAUCCUGCUGGUGGGACUGAACACGGUCUGGGACCUCUGGAGACUUUUUGGAGACCUGAGUGUUUCAUUGGUGGAAAUUGCAAAGCACUUCAUUGCUCGGGUCGUUGGACUCAUCCUGCUUCCCUUCCUCUUGUAUGUUACCAUAUUUGCAGUCCACUUUGUCGUGUUGAGCAAAAGUGGACCAGGAGAUGGUUUCUUCAGUUCAGCCUUUCAGUCCCGCUUAAUUGGAAACAAUCUACACAAUGCCUCCAUGCCUGAGUACCUGGCAUAUGGCUCCACCAUAACGAUAAAAAACCUCCGUAUCGCUGGAGGUUAUUUGCACUCACACUGGCACUUAUACCCAGAGGGAGUGGGAGCACGGCAGCAGCAGGUUACAGCAUAUCUACACAAGGACUACAACAACUUGUGGCUGGUUCACAGACCUGAUCAUAACCGAUCUCAUCCUGGGACACCUGAUCUAGUCCGUCAUGGUGACAUCAUUAAACUGGAGCACAAAGAAACAACUCGUAACCUUCAUACUCACCUCCAUGAGGCCCCUCUAACCAAGAAACACUUUCAAGUCACAGGAUAUGGCAUUAAUGGCACAGGUGACCUUAACGACCUGUGGCAGGUGGAGGUCUGUGGAGGUCGAAAGGGCGACCUCGUGAAGGUGCUGCGCAGUAAAGUCCGCUUUCUGCAUCGAGCUACUGGCUGCGUGCUUUACUCCUCUGGAAAGACUCUACCUAAGUGGGGCUGGGAGCAGGUGGAGGUGACAUGCAGUCCCUACUUGAAGGAAACUCCGAGCUCUCGGUGGAACAUUGAAGAUCACAUCAAUCCCAAAUUGCCCAACAUUAGUCUGGCUGUGCUGAAGCCCCAUUUCCUGGAGAUCUUACUGGAGUCCCAUGUUGUUAUGCUCAGAGGAAACAGUGGCUUGAAACCAAAAGACAAUGAGAUGAAUUCAAAACCCUGGCAUUGGCCCAUCAAUUAUCAGGGGUUGAGGUUCUCUGGGGUGAAUGACACAGAGUUUCGUGUUUACCUGCUGGGAAACCCUGUGGUCUGGUGGACAAACUUUGUCACUUUAGGACUCUACCUGAUCAUGGUGGCAGUGGCAGCUAUUGCUCUCCAAAGAGGUGUCUCAUUGAGCCAGAAAAGAAUAGAGCACUCUCGUGUUCUUAAGAGAGAAGGAGGGCUGCUGCUGCUUGGCUGGUUGCUGCAUUAUUUACCUUUCUAUACUAUGGGUCGUGUUCUCUACUACCACCACUAUUUUCCUGCAAUGCUUUUCAGCAGCAUGCUAACAGGAAUUACAUUAGACAUUCUGCUGAAAAGCACUGACCUGCUGCUCAGCCCACCUUUCUCUGAUUGGCUGCAGAGAGUCGGACAGGUGGUACUUCUGUUUGGUGUUCUUUACAGUUUCUACCUGUUUCAUCCACUCUCUUAUGGCAUGACGGGUCCUCUUGCACACGAGCCAGGCAGCGUCAUGGCUGGACUGAAGUGGAUGGACACCUGGGAGUUUUAGUCUAGUUCUAUAAAAAACAAUAUGAUGUAGGUCGACAGAAUAAAUAAGAAUAAAAGGUAUUCAGUCACGUGCUCAACAGACUGAUUUCAAGUUUACAUUAGAAUAUAGUUUCAUAAGGUACUGACUGCACAGUCUACCGUAGUAUUUCUUCUUGUGCCGGUAUUUAUGUCUCAGCAUCUCUAACUGUUGUAGAUGAGGAUGUUUGUUGAAUAUUUUUACCUGAAGGGCCUGAGUAAGUGCAAUAUGACAGCCAGUGAUGUGGAGUUUGACAAUGAGGAUCCAGACUUUUAUGAAUACCAAGUUGCCUUAACUCACAUCACAUCUGACAUUGCUGACUAAAAAUCAAAAUGUAUAUCUACAGUUUUUUCCUUAAUUUUAGGAUCAAGUGCCUUUAAAAAAAGUUAAAGCUGUAAUAUUAAAUGCUGCAUCUUCUUGUUUGUCAGUCUUAAAGCAAACACUUCCGUUACAUAAACUUGCACAGCCUGGAUUUUGGUUUCCAUGUGUCAUGUUCUCAAUGCUCAGCAUUUUAAAGUAGUGCUGUCCUUUUGUCUGUUUUUGUAUGUUCUUUCUAGGACUAAAACUGACUCUCAAUCAUGUCUAUGUCUCAGAAUGAUCAAUAAAGUAUGAUAUUCUUGUA